AUGAGACAGAUAUUAUUGUUCUUUGGCCAUGUUGUUGCUAAUCAACCAUCACAAGAGUUGAUCAAUACAAUCGCUACAUUGGUAGCACCAUUGAUCAUCUACUGGCCAGCGAGUAGUAACAGAACAAGUCUUGGUACCGACCUUAUCGAUCAGAGGACAUUCACCUACGUCAUCAACUCUGAGCCGCCCACCGAGCGUGCCAUCGCCCUAACCAAAGAUCUGAUCACUCAUUCAAUCAACUAUAUGAUGUUGUCCAGACUGAUCGAUACACCAGCCGACCCGUUACCACUUUACAUGAUGGAUGGAGAGGUUGUUACACGCAUUGUGCUGGACAAUAUGUUUGUACAUGAGGGUAGCAACCCGAUGAGACAGUUGGGCGAGCUUUGGAUUACAAGUGAUCGAUUGGUAUUCGCAACAUAUAUAUCACAUUCAGAGGAACCACGAGGAUUCCUUCAAGUACACUUGGAUACCAUUGGCUCAUGGACCAGACAGAUACAGGACAAUCAUACAACAUUCCAUCUUCGAGUCAAUCACUUUAGACUACUAGUCGUUGGAUUCCCCACUGAUGCCUCAUCAUCACAACUACAACAGUUUGAGGACAUGUUAGCCGCGCGCAUCUCAGCCCAUCAACGAUCAUCUGCAGGUCCAUAUCCAUUCUCGUUGACUCAUCCCCAGUCCAAUGCCAAGAUGUCCAGGCAAGUGGUCUCGAUAUCAACCACAACAUUCCGAGUUGGUGCCAAUGCAAGAGUUGGUGAAGAUCAUCACCAGAGAGCCUGGAACCUUCCCACGCCAAAGGAUGCCAAGGGAAUAUUCAAGUCAUUCGGUGACAUUGGUCCACUGUCAUUGACGAUCAACCAAGGUAUAAAGUCAAUAGUUAGUGAGCUCGCGGGUGGACGCAGUGUACAAAUCACAUUCGACGACGAUCACAACAACGAACAUGGAUACAAGGAGGAUUGCUGGAACUGGUGCUCAUGA